AUUUAAUAUAACUUUUUAAAAUUAUAAAUAAAUAAAAAAAAAAGAAAAAAAUAAAAAAAAAAACAAGAGAAAAUAAAGAGAAAAAAAACAUUGUAUAGUAAUCAAAUGUCAACAACGGAUAAUAAUAGUGUAUAUAUAGACCUCAGUUCAUUAAAAAAUCAUCACCAACAAAUAGAAAAUGAAACAAAAGAAAUAGACCUAAAUAGUUUUGUAACGGAGCAGGAUAAUCAGAAAGAAAGUGAUUAUAAUAGUAUUAAAAAUAUAUUAGAAAAUAAUGAUAGUAGUACAAUAUUACCAACACUAACACCACUACCAAGCGAUAAUAUUGAUUUCGAAUUACCCUCAUCUGCAGUUAUACUACAUUCACCAAUAACUCAAUCAACAAUUAUAUUGGUAGGCUCAGUUCAUAUAUAUAAAGGAUCAUCAGAUGACGUUUCAAAUGUUAUUAAAAAUUGGAAACCAGAUACAGUAUUUAUAGAGUUAUGUCAAAGUAGAGCAGGGUUAAUGUUAACACCAUCACAUAGUAGAAUUAGAGCAUCUUCAAAAAAAAUUUUAGAUAAUAGAUCAAAGCAACACUAUAGCAGAACAUUUCUAACAGAUUCUGGUUGGGAGGACGAGGAUCAAUUUAGUUCAGGAAGUAAAAUCAAAAUGGAAACAGAGUUAGCAGAUAUAGAUAUAGAGGAUAUGACACAAGAGGAUAACGAACUAUUUUCAACUUCAGGUACAGAGGAAGAUGAUGAAGAUGAUGAUGAAGAUGAUGACUAUUAUGGUUUCGAAUUUGAUUAUGAUAAUAGUAAAUUUAAUAGUAUAAGGAAUAGUAGUAGCAAUAAUAAUACAAUAACUCAACAAAAUAAUAUGAAUUUAAUGAAUAAUAUAAUGAAUAGUUUAAAUAAUGCGAAUAAUAAUGAUAGUUAUAUAAUAAAUUCACCAAAAAAGACUUCAUAUUGUUUAUAUAAUGAAGAUUAUAAAUAUAAUAGUUUUAAUUUAUAUAAUAAUUUAAAUAGUUUAAAUAAUAAUAGUUUUAAUAAUAAAAAUAAAAAUAUGAAUAUGAAUAGUAAUAGUAGUAAUAAUAGUAAUGGCUCAAAUAAAGAUAAUAGUAUAUCAAUACCUAUAAAUGAAAUUUAUUCAUCAUCAAUUUCGACGAAUUCAGAACAAGGACAUCAAAUUUUAGAACAAGAACAAUUACAACAAUUACAACAAGAACAGGGCUCGGUUAAAAGUUUUAAUGUUGAUUAUUAUAAUAGCAAUUACUCAGAAGCAGAUGACGAAAGAUCCAAUUCACCAUCACCCUAUUCAAACACUACAACCCCACACACAACCAAUGCACCACCAACUCCAACUGAAGAUGAAUAUAUUUCAGACGAACCAGCAACACUUAAAGAUAUGAUUAAUAUAGUUAAAACACAUGGGUUAUCAGGACUACUACAUAUUUUAAUGGCAGAACUAAUUAGAAGCGCAGGUAAAAAGAGUAAUGUUAAUCCAGGGUCAGAGUUUAUCACUGCUUUUGUAGAAGCUAAAAAAGUUGGUUCCUUAGUAGUUUUAGGUGAUAGAUUAAUUGAAAUAACAUUGCAACGUGUUUGGAAUUCAUUAAGCACUUGGGAAAAACUCAAAUUUGUAUUUUAUUUAUUUAUGGCAUCAUUUUCAGAAGUUACCAACGAAGAUAUCGAUAAAAUCAACAAUAACUCGGAUGAAUUGAUUGACGAAUUGCUUAACGAAUUUCGUGAUCGUUUUCCAUCUGUUGUUCAAACUAUUGUUACUGAACGUGACCAAUAUAUGGCUGCUCGUCUUAGAAUGUGUCCUGGAAAAAAAAUUGUUGCUGUAGUUGGAAAAGGUCAUAUCAAAGGUAUGGUUAAAGAAUGGACCAAUUAUAAUAUCAACUUGAAUGAAUUAGAAAGUGUUCAACCAUCAAAUAAAAAAUCUUCAGAUUCUUCUUGGUCCGUUGUCACAAAAUGGGCAUCUUUAAUUUUAAUACCAAUUGUUGGAAUUACUAGCUUUCUCUUUUUCAAUAAAAAAUAUCACAUAAUAUAGACAUCAAAAAUAAUAAUAAUAAAAAUAAUAAUAAUAUUCAUUUUAUUAAAUAGAAAUAAAAAUAUUAUAAUAUUUUUCAAC